GGAAAAUAAAUUCUAAUCCUCUAAGACUCGAUAUCUCCGGGAUCGGCGGAAAAAAGCGUGAAUUUGAUUGGAAUUUUUAACUUUUAAAUAGCUCAUUCAAUGGGAAAAAAUUAAUGAGGGACUAAUAUACUGACAAAAUGGAUUUCGAAGACGACUUCUUCUUCGAGGAGGACAAAAUUAAAAAAAAUUUGAGUGAUAAUCCCAGGAUCGAGGAAGAAGAUACAGGAAAUAUUGAUAUUUUCACUGAGCACGUUGAGUCCGAGGAGCUGAUCAUGAUGGAAGAUCGCAUGCCAGAGGUAUCACUGGUUGCACAACAGCCAUCACCAACUAACCAUCAGCUGUUUAUUUCGCAAAUGGGUAUGACAAUCACCUCUGGUAAUGUGGUGAUUCACAAGGACAGCAGUAAUUUAAUAGGCAUCAGUAUAGGUGGUGGAGCCCCUUAUUGCCCCUGUCUGUACAUAGUCCAAGUAUUUGACAACACACCAGCAGCUCUCGAAGGAACUCUGCAAUCAGGAGAUGAGCUGUGCGCCGUCAAUGGGGCAUCUGUCAAGGGAAAAACAAAAGUCGAAGUGGCUAAGAUGAUUCAGGCCUGCGACACACAAGUCAGUGUGAAUUACAAUAAAUUACACGCCGAUCCACGUCAGGGAAAAACAUUGGAUAUAGCUCUAAAAAAGGUGAAACACAGACUCGUUGAGGGAAUGGGAAGUGCAACUGCUGAUGCCCUUGGACUUUCUAGGGCCAUUUUGUGCAAUGAUGCGUUGGUGCAACGACUGACAGCUCUUCAGAGGACAGAGAAUUUGUACAGAGGCCUUGUAUCUCAUGCUAAAUCCAUGCUGCAUGCCUUUUUUGAUUUAACACAGAUUUAUAAAGUUUUCGGCGAUGCAUUCGCAGCAAUUGGAGUCCGAGAGCCACAGCCCCGGGCUAGUGAGGCCUUUCGUCAAUUCGGUGAGCAGCACCGACAGAUGGAAAAAUUCGGUGUAACAAUGUUAAAAGCCCUGAAGCCAAUCCUGAGUGAUCUAGGGACAUACCUCCACAAAGCGAUUCCAGACACUCGCCUGACAAUCAGCAAAUACGCGGAUGCGAAAUUCGAGUAUUUAUCAUAUUGUCUGAAAGUGAAAGAACUGGACGACGAAGAGCAGAGCUACGCAGCUCUCCAGGAGCCUCUGUACCGGGUUGAAACAGGAAAUUACGAGUAUCGACUAGUCCUGAGAUGUCGACAGGAGGCUAGAUCGAGAUUUGCGAAGUUAAGGGCCGACGUUCUUGUGAAACUCGAGCUUUUGGACAACAAGCAUGUCCAGGACGUCGUCUGGCAGCUGCAAAAAUUCGCUUCUGGUCUCUCCAAGUACUACGCAAAUACCAGAGAACUUCUCGAUUCGGCUACACUUUUUCCGGUUGAGGUCGAUCUAUCCCAGUCUGCAUUCCAGUACAAGUCGACGGGACCGCAAACCAUCGAGGACAAUGAGGAUGCCGAGUACCUAGACGAACCUGAGGAUAAAAAUCAGGGAAAACCCUCUGACGAUGUCUUCAUGCUCGAUACCAGCGAACCUACAUCGUUACUCUUGCCUGAGUUCAAUGACCUUAAGUAACAUUUGGUUUCAGUCACAAAUCAUAUUUUUCACAGUCCAUGCCAAAUAUUCAAAUCUAAAGAGUUUUCUAUUUCAAUUUAUAAGUCGCACUAUGAAACUCUAGAUAGAAAAAUUAGUUAUUAGUGAAGUUGAUUAAUUAAAGGUAUUCAAUUAAUGGAAUUAAAUACCUUUAACUGAGUUACAUUAAUUGAUUAAUUAAAAUAGGGUAAAUAAUUCGUUAUUCACGUAUUUUCAACAUUCCAAGCCAAAGAUUCAGUUCCAAAGAGUUUUCCAAAGAGAGAAAGGAAUAAUUAAUUUAUCCGGUUGGAAAAACCGUGGAAUAGACAUAUAAUAGUCUUUAUUAAUAUAUAUAUGAUGGAUUAUUAUUGUUUGUGAUUGUUCGUCUACUGUCAAGUCAUAAGUGGUGAAUUCUAUUGUUUUGGAAGAGAAUAAAUAUUGAAGUUGA